AUAUCAGACGCCGUGCAGCCCUGCCCAUUCUCACUCUCACUUUGCGUUUGUCAAAACAAAAUUAUCCAAAAACUUGUUUAAUUCGGUCCUUAACUUUAUUGUCCUUGCAGUUUAUGUAUUAUGUGUGUUUAGUUAUGCGUGACAACCCUCUGUGUGCCCCCUUUUAAAUGUUUGUGUUUGUGAAAUUGCCGUCUCAAUGCAAUCCACUCAUACCGCGUCUAAUGGAAAAAAAUUAAACAUGUUUUUGUUGAAAGACUACUGACUGCUGCUGACUGCAAACUCUAAAUUAAAAGUGCUGUCAUGAUAAGGCAAAGUGCUCCGGCUGGCGCGCCCUCAGCGGGCAGCGUAUCCGGCAAGGCGACUCCCGCGCCAUCGACCCCCAACAGCAAUACAUCCCAGGCGGCCCAGGCAGGUGCCCAAGCUGCCGCCUCAAUGCAGCAGAUAGCCAUUCACCAAAUACCACAGCAAUUCGCAGCCGCAGGUGCCGCAGUGGCUGGUGGCGCCCAAGCUACGGGGCUGCCCCAGAACAUGUUCCAAAUCGUCCAGCCCAUGCCCAUGCAAACGGUGAACAUCGACGGCCAGGAGGCCAUCUUCAUCCCGAACCUCAAUACCCAGCUGGCCACUGCCCAGCCGGUGAACAUCAACGGCCAGCAGGCCUUCAUUACGCCCAACGGCCAGAUCAUCCGGGCGCCGGGGAACUCCAACUGCAUCCAGUUGCAGCAGCUGAACGGCCUGGCCCAAGAGCAGCCGGCGCAAACCCAACUGUUCAGCAUUCCGGGCACCAAUAUUCAAAUACCCGUCGCCAAUCUCCUCCAGCAGCAGGCGCAGCAGCAGCAACAGCCCCAGGGAACAAGUGCCAACGGAGCAGCCGCGACACCGGGCACGGCACCUGGAGGAGCAGCGGCAGGAGGCGCCACAGCACAGCUACCCAGUACCAUAACGAUACCCGGCACCAAUCUGCAAAUACCCACGUCGGUGGCGGCAGCGAACGGACUGCUGGGCAACAUAUCGGGGCUGUUGGGCGGCGGGCAGUCCAUCAAAGUGGAAAAUGGGCCACUUCAACUGCGCCCCCAGCUGGUGCAGUUCCCGACGCAGUCGUUGCCGCAACAGCAGCAGACAGUGGCCGUGCAGAUUCCUGUGCAGACCGCCGGCGGACAAACCAUCUACCAGACAGUCCACGUCCCCGUGCAGACGGCAGCAGCAGCAGCCGGCGGGGGAAUGCCCAAUCUCAUGCAGGCGCAAUCUCUGCAAAUGCCGGCCGCCUCCCAAAUGCAAAUCAUCCCGCAGUUCUCGCAGAUAGCCCAGAUCGUGACGCCCAACGGACAGAUACAGCAGGUUCAGCUAGCGGCCAUGCCGUAUCCCCAGCUGCCGCCCAACGCGAACAUCAUACAUAUCCAGAAUCCCCACCAGCAGCAGCAGGUCCAGCAGCAACAGGUCCAGGUGCAGCAGCAGCAGCAACAACAACAACAACAGGUUCAGGUCCAGCAGCAACAGCAGGUUCAGGUCCAGCAGCAACAGCAGGCCCAGCACCAGCAGCUCCUGCAGGCUAUCAGCGAAGCGUCCGCGGGUGGGCAGAUACCGGCCAACCAGCCCAUCACGAUCACCAAUGCCCAGGGCCAGCAGCUAACCGUGUAUCCCGCUCAGCUGCGGCAGAAUACCUCAGCUCCGACUCCGGCUCCGGUAGCGGCGCCGGCGGCAGUGCCCACGCCACUUCAGCUGCCCAACCUGCAGGCCCUGCCCAUCCAGAACAUACCCGGACUGGGCCAGGUGCAGAUCAUCCAAGCCAACCAGCUGCCACCGAAUCUGCCCGCCAACUUGCAGCAGGUGCUUACCCAGCUGCCCUCAGUGCCUCAGAUCCAGACUGGUGGGCAGUCGCAUCUGCAAGUGCUGCCCAAGCAGGAGCCGCAGAGUCCCACGCAGAUGAUCACCAACAUCAAGCAAGAGCCGCCGGACACCUUCGCCGCCGUCAAUCCGCCAGCUCCCGCGUCUACGCCCAGCACCACGACGUCCUCACCUCAACAAAUCAAGUUCCUGCAGUCCGACGGCAACACCCUGUCCAGCCUGAGCAUACCGGCGUCCAUUCAGAUCACGGCCCUGCCCCAGCCAAGUGCCAAUCCCGCCCCACCAUCGAUUCCAAAGGCUAAGGCCAAUCUGGUCAGCAACUCCGCGGGCAAUCCGAUAUCUAUAGCGCCGACCGGCGUCCAAGUGCGAGGGGCCAGCAUAAGGGGGAUAAGUAGUGGGACCACAACCAUAAAUCCUGUCCAGAACAGCACCACCCUGAACGUCAGCGUCGGGUCUGUUGGCGGGGAAUCGAAGUCGGUGGAGUCGAAGCCGCGACUGAAGCGGGUGGCAUGCACCUGCCCCAACUGCACCGACGGGGAGAAGCACUCGGACAAGAAGCGCCAGCACAUAUGCCAUAUAGCCGGCUGCCAGAAGGUGUACGGCAAGACGUCACAUCUCCGGGCGCAUCUGCGAUGGCACACCGGCGAACGGCCAUUUGUCUGCUCCUGGGUGUUUUGCGGGAAGCGAUUCACUCGAUCCGAUGAGCUGCAGCGGCACAGGCGGACACACACCGGGGAGAAACGGUUUCAGUGCCGCGAGUGCAAUAAGAAGUUCAUGCGCAGCGACCACCUCUCCAAGCACAUCAAGACGCACUUUAAGAGCCGCUCCGGAACGGAGAUGAUGCUGAGCAUCAAGCAGGAGGGCAAGUCGGCCAACGGCCCGAAGAGUAUCAGUACGAUGAGCGGAAUAGUGACGAUAGAGCUACCAACGAAUCGGACAACAGGGGUGGCAGGGAGUGGCGCCUCCAGUGUGGCAGCCACGGUUGCGGGAUCAACUGUGACGCCGGGCGGAGCGACGAUUGUUCAGUUACCAUCAGUGGAGGGUCCUGGCGGUGGCGAUAGCUUCGGCGAGGAUGACGACGAGGAGGAUGAAGAUAUGACGGAGGAGGAUGAAGACGAGGAGGAUCUGGACGAGGAGGAACUGGACGAGGACGAGGACGAGGAGGAACCGGAAAGCGGCGACGAGGCCAAGAUGACAAUUGCUGUAAGCGAGCCGGGCGACACCACGUCCAACUAGCAUUCGGAGUCACUGUUCAUGGAACAGUUCCUGUUUGACCAUUUUCCAUAGCACCCCCACACCCCGCACCUGCCACAACCCGCCACCUGCCACGCCCUCUGGGACCACAUAAGUUAAUUAUCAAUGUAAAUAAUACAUAGAGUUAUGUAAAUGGGAGCAUUUUAAAUGUCCAACUCCGUGCACAUACUGAACCGAAUCAGAAUGUACAUAUUUUAAAGAAUAUUUAAUUAUUAAUUGAAACUAGCGUAGGGUUUUAUUCUAAAUAGGAUUCUAGUGAAUCGCAUAUUCGAUAAGUAAAUGUUUUUAAGGAAGUUUUUAUAUCCAUCACUUUUAAUUAAAAAAUAAACGAAAAUAACAUAAA